CCCGCCGCUCGAGUCUGCUGCCCACUCACCCUCGUCGCCUGCUCGUAGCUUGCGACAGUACACCAUCCUUGCGAACUUCACAAGGCCUUUGACGUGCGGCCUCACAGUGUCCACGGCUUUCAGCCCUGGUUCUGGUCGCUGCGCGGUUUAGGGGUGACACUCUUGCAUGCGCCAGCAGUGCGAAGUCGGUGAGGGCCAGUGGUUCGCGAGUGACGGCUUGCCAUCUUCUGCACGCCUCGGCACUGUCUCGUCUCGCCUUCGCAGAGUCAGGGCUGCUCUUUGCGCCUGACGCAAGCAAAGCCCGGGUGGGUGGGUUUCCUUUGCUGCUCAUCAUCCGAUCGUUGCAAAGGGGAGUUUGUAGGUGAGUAAUUUCGUAGCUUAGAAGAGAAUAUGACUCAGGCUGCCAUUACCAGACCCGGUUUUGACGUGCUCGCCUAUGUUUCCUUGCAAGCUGCUACCCCCGUGCCUCUGUCACUAAAGUUCCAAUAUAAUGAGAAGCGAGCGCAGGCCACGCUAUGCCUGCUGCAGUCGUCUACCAUUCUUGAAGGCUUCGAUGGUGCUGAGACAUUCAUCAUCCUGCAGUACGAUGCUGAAAACCUCGUUCCUGGCGCCGUCUCCCUGAGGCCCAUGGGUUUCCAUCAAGCAUUGUCUGGAAUAGCGCGUUCCACCAGGCCAGACAUCCGCCGGCUCUCCUUCAAGCUCAAGCGUUGCUGCCCAACAUGGCGUCCUCUCACAGCAUCCCUAGCACCCAAACCUGGCUUUGUGGACCGGUUCCAGCACCUUGUAACUCUCGCCAAUGCUACGGAGCUUCACAUUGUAUUUGACUACAGCUGGCUGCCCCCCCAAUGUUUAGCUACCUUCCAGCAGCUGGUAGCCCAACCCGAGCAGCUCUCCGGCUACCCAGUCCAUCGCUACUAUUCCCAAUGCUUUAAGCGCGAGGAUGUGUUCUCUAGCCAUCUUGUUGCGCCUGUCGAUGCAGCCCUCGCGAGCGACGCAACAACCGAAGAUGAGGAGCAGCCACCUCCGUACAUCGCGGCUAGCAACAAGCGUCAAGCCUCGACCAGCGCACCCUCAUCGCCUCCGACACGCAAACGCACCGUCCUCCCCCAAUCCAAUCCCGCACAUAUACACCCAAGCAAAGCAGAGAAGGGCAGUGUCACGACAACUGCGCUGGAUGUUCAGCAAGCGGUGCACGGUGCUGUGUUGCAUAUCUUGCCUGGUAUAUUGAAUACAGUCCUACCGGGUCUCGUACAGAAUGCCGUAUCGAAAUACCUGCCGAGCGCAUUGGAAGACGUCUUGCCAAAUCUCCUCUCCGCCCCGUUGUCGCCGUCAUCGCAGUCGGCCUCGAGCCAGACUUCCACUCGCGUACCGAAAGCGCUCUCAGCCCUCGGCACAGUCCUCACCAAGCGUGUCGUACUCGGCCUCAAGCAAGAGCUUGAGGAUGUUCACAAUCAAACGCUGUCGCACGCCGACGAUCUGCGCAGCACCGCAGAUGCUCAGUUUCAAGAAGAUUUAGAGGAACUAAGGCUCGAGCUCGUUCAGGCGCAAGAAGAGCUUGUCAAUGAUCUUCAUCGCAUUGGUGACGAUACACUGACCGAGUUCAAGGAGAGGUGUGAGGCUGAGGGGGAGGAAGCUGGCGACCGCCUCUCGCGAAGGAUAUUUACGGUGUAUGACCGUCUCAGCGACAAGGUUGACCCUUUGCUGGAAGGUCAGGGAGAGUUGGCCACUUGGAAGCGAGGUCUGUUGGAACAAAAGGACGAGUUGCUCAAACGCAAGUCCAAGCUGGUGGAGGACGAAAGGAAGGCGCUUGCACGGGAAAUGGCUCUGUUGGGGAGAGAGAGCGAGGGACCGGAGAUCGACCGGGACAGAGUUGAUCGUGUCACGAAUGAGUCAGAGAAAAGACAUAUGUGUAGAGCGAGGUGUAUAGAGCGAGGUGUAAGGGCGAGGAGUGCGCCGGUCUGAAUUUCUUGGUGCAGGCCAUCCCGCAUAAUAAUUCACGGCGAAUCAUCACAUUUACGUAGCGAUUUGUCUAUUAGUAUUAUAGACUAGCCUUAGGAUUGUUCUGUUCUAAGCGUAAAUAAUAGUAUUAUAUACUUUAAAAAAGUACAGAGAUU